AUGUCUAAUAGGAGCAAGUAGAGUUCAUCAAAAGGACCAGAUAAGGGAGCAUUUCCAUUAGAUCAUUUUCAUGAGUGUGACAAUGAAGCAAAAUAAUAUAAUUAAUGCAUCCAAAAACAUGAGAACAUGCCAAAGAGAUGUAGAAAAUAUUAAGUUGACUAUUUGCAAUGCAGAAUGAAUAAUGGACUUAUGGAAAAAGAAGAUUUGAGUAAAUUAGGUUUAGGACCAGAAACUUCUUGGGAAACAGAAGAAUAGGAAAAAUAAUUCUUGUUUGAUAAAAUCAAUAGAAUGAAAACCAAGGCUAUGGAAGAAGUACAAAAAAAAACGGAGUAAUCAAAAUAAUAAGUGUGA